GGGUUUUUCUGUUUUGCUCUGGCCUUCUGCGGAUUGAUCCCAGCUGCCUGCUGGAGAUACACGCACAGCACGGAGGUGGAAGACAGCAUGAUGGAUGUGUACGACCUUGUGUACGAAGAGGUGAGGAGGAACGCUUCCAGCUUCAGGAGGCAUGAGCUGACUGCCAUCCAUGAAGCAUUCCUGUGCUGUGGGAAGCACUCUCCAUUUGGGGACACAGCCAAUGUGGAGCUCAAGACGUGCCCAUCCAGCCAGGUGCGCGAUGCGGGACAGGACUGCCUGCGAGAGAUCCAGGACUUCCUGAAGAAGCACAUGGACUUUGUCUUCACGCUCCUGGGCAUCACCAUUGGCUUCACGGUUUAUGGGAUGAUCCUGACUUCAUUCCUCUGGUUCUCCAUCCACUUCAGCAGCAACCUGGACCGGAAAGGCAAAUACAUCCUGCGAGAGAG